AGUAUUUUUUACACACCGGAGGCUGUAAGAUUUUUGUAAGAUUUUUUUAUCAAAGUCACUACCGAGUGCUGUCUCUAGCACAGUUCCUGUAUUCAUUGUAGAAUACGAGUGGGCCCGUCAUUCUUGACCGGCCACUGUUGUAAGACUAAUUCUUUAUUAAUACGAUUUUUUCAAUAUUUAAAAGUUACAUUGUAGUACUACAAAAAAAACAGAAAAAAUGCCGGCCGGAGGUUACAGCGUCCAGCCUCGUCUGGACUACCAGACGAUUGUUGGUGUCGAGGGUCCUCUCGUUAUCAUGGACAAUGUCAAGUUUCCGACCUUUGGUAAUUAUUUGCCAAUUUUCCGCAUGUCGCACUUGUCUUCCCCGUUGUUGAUGAGUAACGAAUGGCAAGCCAUCACCAUCGGAAGCAUGGGAAGUUUGUGUCUCACAAACUCCUACCUACUAUUUUUACCGAGAAAAGAACUCAGCAUCUCACCAACUCAACAGGUGAGAUUGUCAAUGUCUGCCUCGCAGAUGGUCGGGUGCGACAGGGACAGAUCCUUGAGGUCAACAAAAAGAAGGCCAUUGUGCAGGUGUUUGAAGGCACUUCUGGCGUCGAUGUGAAGAACACGCACAUCGAAUUUACCGGCGAUGUCCUCAAGAUGCCGAUCUCCGAUGACUUGAUGUUAUGGAUUACUUUGUGCUGCAUGACUCUUAUUCUUACUCUGUUGUCCUCUCAGCAAUUGUAGAUGAACCAAUGUGGUGGCCUUCGACGAUUUGAUGUUAUAAGUAUGUAAAUUGCUUUUUACUGCAUCUCACUUAAAAAUCGUACUAGCAUCUUGUUUUUAGUUAGAAUAAAACAAAAACAACCUCUAAUCAUCGGGCGAGCGUUUAAUGGUAGCGGAAAGCCGAUUGACAAGGGACCCCCAGUGUUGGCGGAGGAGUUCCUCAGUAUCCAGGGUAACCCGAUGAACCCAAAGGCCCGCGUCUACCCGAAGGAAAUGAUCGAGACCGGUGUCUCGACGAUCGAUGUCAUGAACUCCUUGGUAAAACGAAGUUUAUCUUCCUCCUCUGUGUUGAAUCUACUACAAACGUAAGUUUAUCUUCCUCCUCUGUGAAUCUACUACUUAUAAACGUAAAAUAUUGAUAAUUUUCUAAGUUAGUACUACUACUAUGUAGACGUAAAAAAAUUUAAGAAGCGAAGGGCAGUACCUAGAAAAUUUUGUUCACUGACUUAUAAUGAACAAAAGAGAAACAAGCAAAGGGAGCACCAUCCUGUGACAACUCUACCAGGUCCGUGGUCAGAAGUUGCCUCUUUUCUCUGCUGCGGGUUUGCCACAUAACGAGAUUGCAGCACAGAUUUGCCGACAGGCUGGCUUGGUAAAGGGAAAGGACGUGAUGGAUCAUAGUGUGGAUAACUUCUCUUACGGCUUCAUCUACUCAUAAUUUUUGAUCGAUGUAUUGUAUUCUUCAUCACAGUCGCUUGUCGCGUAAGCAGGACCUCCGUUUAUCCACAGUUGAUAUAAUUAAGGCUCAGCUUUCAAUGGUCAUUGGGGUUGGUCACUGGCGACCCCUUGAGAGAACAGGGGAAAGCGAAGGGAAAGGGGAGAGCUUUGAAGGGGGUCCCUUCCGUUCAGAAUCAGUGACCACCGAAGGCUGAGCUUUAAUAUGAAGAAGGAUAAGUAGGAGGUUACGAAGGAAGAUACGAGUACUACCUCUCUAAGUCUUCAUCGUUUUCGCAGCAAUGGGUGUGAAUAUGGAGACCGCGCGAUUUUUCCGCAACGAUUUCGAGCAGAACGGAAGUAUGGAGAACGUUGUGCUGUUCUUGAACUUGGCAAACGACCCGACAAUCGAGCGAAUUGUCACGCCACGGUAACACUUUUAAUUUGCUUUCUUAGGCCCCUCAUCUCUCUACUUUUGUUCUUUACCUCUGAAUACAACAGUUGUUCAGUCUGAGCAGUAGCAUAAACUCCAAAAUACCUUCACUCAUCAAUCGUAACUCAGUCUCGCCUUGACAACCGCGGAGUACUUCGCUUAUACCCGAGAAAUGCACGUGCUGUCUAUCAUGACCGAUGUGUCUUCCUAUGCCGAUGCAUUGCGAGAAAUCUCGGCAGCGCGUGAAGAGGUCCCCGGUCGACGUGGUUACCCAGGUUACAUGUACACAGAUUUAGCCCAGCUCUACGAGCGUGCUGGCCGAGUAGAGGGAAAGAACGGUUCUAUCACGCAGUUGCCAAUUUUGACUAUGCCGAACGACGAUAUUACCCACCCGAUUCCGGAUUUGACCGGUUAUAUCACGGAAGGACAGGUAACUUUUAUAGAUGCAUACCUACGCAAGAAGAUGAAGGUCUUUUCAUUUCAUGAGUCAUGGUCCUGUAAUUGGUUGCUUCUCUGUAGUUGAUCGGUCCUAUACUUCUUGUGGUUCUUUUUUCAGCUACCCUAUCUUUAUCGGUCCUAUACUUCUUGUGGUUAGGUUCUUUUUUCAGCUACCCUAUCUUUAUCGGUCCUAUACUUCUUGUGGUUAGGUUAAUAAAGACACUGGAAGUACUUAGCGUGUAGCAGAGAAGAGGCUACCGAUGUAACUACGUGUUCAAAAGUCACCUCGUCGAGGAACCAGAUUCAUCUUCGUCCGGUCCUCAUCAGCCAGGCUAUGAGAGAAACGCAGGGGCUUCCUAAAACUACCCUAUCUCUAUCUGACUGCUCCAGGUGUUCGUCGAUCGUGGCCUGCACAACAGACAAAUCUAUCCUCCGAUCAACGUGCUGCCGAGUUUGUCCCGACUAAUGAAGAGCGGUAUCGGAAAGGGUAUGACACGAGUGGAUCACGCGAACGUGUCCGAUCAGCUGUACGCAAACUACGCAAUCGGACAGGUAAAUCUAUCAUUUCACACAUUUAGAAGAACAACUAUUAGAAAGAUGUAUGAUGUGAAGAGCGGAACAAGAGAGAGUGCGAGAAUCUUUCGUAUAGAUAGAGUUAAUCAAAUAUAUGGUUUGAUGGGGUUCAAGUUUUGAUGUGAAAGGAUUGAUCGUAAUUCAUUUGUUGCAUGUUUUUCGUGAGUUUGCUAUACAAUUUUUCUUUUUCAAUCUCAACGGAUGAUUUUCAUCCAUUCUCCCCACUUCAGGAUACUCGCGCUAUCAAGGCUGUCGUUGGUGAGGAGGCUUUGAACGACGAGGAUCACCUAUACUUGGAAUUCAUCGACAAGUUUGAGGAGCGAUUUGUGCAACAGGGACCCUACGAAAAGCGCGACGUCUUCAACUCAUUGGACCUUGCCUGGGAGCUGUUGCGUAUUUUCCCGGAAGACAUGCUGAAGAAGCUGCCAAAGAAGAUCAAGGACGAAUUCUACUCGCGCGAUCGCGAAAUCGCAAAGGCUGCCAAGGCCUAAAGGGGGGUCGAGUCUAGUUUUUCUUGAUGACAUUUUCUAUCGUUGAUACAACAGAUGAACAGUGAUCUUCUAUUGGACGAUAUGUCUUCUUCUUUUCAACUUCCUUGUACUUCGCUUUAGUAGGACGAGACAUUUUUUCGGUCAACGAAAACCUACUUGCAAGAGCAGAUCCCCGACGAACAGUUGAUUUGAGAAGAUGCCGCAACGCGUCGUGCGUAAUGUUGAUGUUGUAGAACAUAGAAGUUGUCCUACUACCAGUUUUCUUCGUGCCAGCUCAAAGGCGUGGCAGAGAAACAGGUCGUAUCAAAGACUCUGUGGCCAGUACAUUUCUUGGUAUCUUCGUAGUUCCUUGUCAACUCAUCUUUUCAUUUUUCUUUUUUUUUCGGUAAACAUUAUACAUGGAAAAUUCAUCAUUAUGAGGUUAAAAUUUCAUCAUUAUGAUCAAUUUUAAUCACUAUUCGUAACUAGGAAAAUUCUUUCAGUGUUGUUCGUAGUUGGUUCUAUACAGAUUUCAUCGUAUUCCGAAUAUUGUUGUGAUUUUUACUUUCUUCAGUGUGUAUUUUUAGUACCUCUGAUUCUUUUUCGAUCAGGUAAUAUGCAGAUGUGUGAUUCUUCUUCGUAGGAUUAGUUCUUGAGAAACAAGUGGACGACAACUGAUGUGGUUUUUACAACCAUCCUCUGAGUAUUUGCUUGAUGAUAUACGUGUGUAGUAGAAUUUUAAGUGUGUUGAUGAGUAUCAUCAAGCAGACCACAAGGUUGCACUAAGACGACCUGUUGUCGUUAUCACAGUUCUUCAAUGAAUUCUCGUAGCGCCUAGACGAGGUCUACUUAAUCUGCAACAAUGUGAGGCCGUCGUCCACCCACAAAAAUAGACAGAUACCCGCCAUCUCUAAUAUCCGUCUUUCUUUGAAGACCCCUGCUUAUGGGAGGCCGAGCUGCGUCAUGUGAUGGUUUUCGUAACUGUCUUCACGACGCGGCACUGGUCUUCUUCGGACAAUGAUUUUUCAAUGAAGAAGAAGAUGAUAAAUGUCGACAAGAACAUAAAAUACCAGAUUGACCUGAACAAACGGAGGUAUCAGUUUAUAAUUUUUAGAAGUAAAUUGCUUUUGGAAACAGCAGCUCCACCGAUGGACAUGAGCGAGGAGUCCUUCGCAAGGCAGAUUAUCGCGGGGAGCACGAAACCGACGGAGGAGAGCGACGGCCUUUGUUGCUUGUGCUAAUAUUAAAAAAGAGAAUCGAC